CUGUGUGGACAAAUUUUCAAACAAAAAGGACGCCUUAAAGUCCACAUGAAAAUUCACAUUGAAAAGAAGCCUUUCAUAUGUGUUCAGUGUGGAAAGAGAUUUACACAGAAAAAACUCCUUAAUGCCCACAUGAGAGAUCACACUGGAGAGAGACCUUACACCUGCGAGCUGUGUGGGAAGAGUUUUACACGGAAAAAUCACCUUAAUGACCACAUGAGAGUUCACACUGGAGAGAGACCUUACACCUGCAAACUGUGUGGGAAGAGUUUUACACGGAAAAAUUACCUUAAUGCCCACAUUAGAAGUCACACUGGAGAGAGACCUUACACCUGCAAACUGUGUGGGAAGAAUUUUAUACGAAACGGGACUCUUAAAACUCACAUGAAAACUCACAGUGAAGAGAAACCAUUCAUAUGUCUUCAGUGUGGAAAGAGUUUUAAACAGAAAAGACUCCUUAAUGUCCACAUGAUUAUUCACGCUGGAGAGAAGCCUUUUACCUGCAAACCUGUUUACCUGUGCGGAAAGAGUUGCUCACGUAAAGCAAACCUUACGACUCACAUGAGGAUUCACAAUGGAGAGAAUUUAUUCACAUGUGAGCAAUGUGGAAAGAAUGUCAGAUGUAAAGAAAGCAUUAAUAAUCACAUGAGGAUUCAUUCAAGAGAGAAGAGUUUUACAUGUCAUCAGUGCGAACGGAGUUUCUCAGACACAGAUCACCUUAAGAAUCAUGUUAAAAUUCAUAUUGGAAAAAAACCUUUCAUGUGCCAUCACUGUGGAAAGAGUUUAAAAAACAACGCAAACCUUGAGAAUCACAUAAAAGGUCACACUGGAGAGAAACCUUUCACCUGCAAACAGUGUGGAAAGAGUUUCGCAGUAAAAAGGAACCUAAAGAUUCACAUGAGAGUUCACACUGGAGAGAGACCUUACAAGUGUCUUCAGUGUGAGAAGAGUUUCACAUAUCAAAAUGUCCUGAAACGUCAUUUGCAAACUCAUUCCAGGAAGAAAUUGCCGUCUUCCUCAGAGUGACAAGAGGUUUAGAAAAAGGAAUGAUUUCUUGGAUUACCCUCUUCUCAUUUCUUCAGAUAUCUACAGGUACGGAAUUAUGUUAAAAGUAAUAU